AUGGGCGAGAAUGGACGAGCUUUGGCUGCCAUGGAAGGGAGAUCGCAGCGAGUUGGGACCGACGAGUUCAUAGCUCGCGGAGAGCUGAAGAAGACAUGGACCAAAAGUAGUAGCCUACCUUUUUUGCAAAGUGUUCUUGACGCGGUUGAAGACGACACAGCAAGCUCAACCAAAACCCGCGCCUACAUCGAGCGGUUUCGGGAACGAGCUUACGAAACGCUUAUGCAUGACUACAUUGUUGAAAACCCAAAGUUUGGCCCGGUUUGGUUUCGUGAAAGAUUUCAAAUGAGUCAAAGGUUGUUUUUAAAGAUUGUUAGUGAUAUUGAGCAAUGUUUCGUUUACUUUCAAGAGCGUGUAAAUUGGUCGGUGAGAAAGAGUUUAGUUGUCAUACAAAAAUGCACAUCCGCGGUGGAACAUCUUGGAACGGGCAACCCUCCAAAUAACUUUGAUGACUACUUGUGCAUGGCAGCGAGAACUUGUCGUGAAAGCCUUGAUCAUUUUUGCAGCGCGGUCAUCGAGUUAUAUCGUGACGAGUACUUACGUAGGCUGACUAGUCAUGAUAUUGCCCGGUUGUACGAAGCGCAUGAACGAAGACACAAGAUUCCGGGAAUGCUAGGAAGUCUUGAUUGGUCGCUCAACGUUAUCAAUGUUUUGAAUCAAUCAACAUUGUAUAUGAGAGAGCGAAAUUCGACGGCUCCUGACUCGUCUUUUACCGUAAACGACUGUCGUUACAAACGGGGAUACUAUCUUACCGAUGGAACCUAUCCUAGGUGGGCGACUCAUGUCAAGGCAACGCCAUAUCCGACUGAAAUAAAUGACAACAAGUUCAAGAAAGUUCAAGAAUCGGCAAGAAUGGAUGUAGAGCGAGCGUUUGGUGUUUUGAAAGGAAAAUGGGGGAUUUUGAGUCGGGCAAUGCGAGCGAUGACGGUCGACAAGAUUACUAACAUCGUGCACGCGUGUAUUAUAUUGCACAACAUGAUUAUAAAGGAUGAUGGAAGGACAAUAUAA